AUGGACUGGCGACUACUCGACUACGCCAAGGAAGCUGAGGAGACCGCAACGGGCCUACUCUCCUUCGAGAGCGAGAUCCCCCAAUAUCGCAAAGACGUUAGGAGCCAUAUCGCAGAGUUGUUUGCCAUAUCGCACGCUCUGCUUGAGCUGAACGAGGCGCUGGAGUCGUCCCGCUAUGGCAGAUAUGCAGGCUUCAUACGAACGGACCUAGAGGUUUGCCUCCCGAGCUUAGGACACACGCUUGACGAUGUCCAAGAAAUAUUCACCAGGUCCAAGAAGAGCAGGCACGCUGCGCCCGGUGCUUUUCCCGGCACACCACCGUACGCACUCAUCUGGGAAGAUGCGCUUACGGAUUUCACGGCGGAAGGCAUGUCUUUACCCAAAAGAUUCGAGAUUGUUAGGACAUAUCUACAGUGCAUGCACGACGCUCUGAAGGGAAACGAGGAUGAGGCCGCAUUGGCUAAAUUCAAAGUCACGCUAUCCAGGCUGCUCAAGAAACAAAAGCCAACGCCGAUUGAAUCUUACUUCAUGCCAGAAAUCCCUCAGUCGCCCACGUAUUCGUCCGCAUCAUCACAGGCCUACUCGAACCAGUCGACGGAUUCAGAGCCAGUCGCUCAUUGGGCAAUGAAGAUCUUCGAUGGACGACACGGCUCUACACCAUCUCAAAGCCCCUCGGAGCCUACUGAGUGCUUCGGGAGAGAUGAACCAAGAGUGAUUGAGCUGUUAGACACCGAUGGCUUUGAAAGGAUUCUAGAACUGCCAUUCGAAGCAACUGAGGUCUGGAUAAGAAUUUACUGGAGGGCCGACGACAACCGUGCACGAAUACUCUUCCUUACUACGGAUCACAAUGGCAACCGUGUGAGGUACCAGGUUCCAAUCACUGCAUUAGCAGUACGGCGCGCAGGAUCGUGCUUGCAGCUCUGUCGCAUCAAUCGCCAAGAUGGUCAACUUGACCUGUGGGCUAGACUGCGCUUCCCUCUAUACGAACGUAUGGUACUUUUCUAUUGUACCGCCAUAGCUAUGAAGCGCCAGGACCACACUCCCAUUGCAGAGGGGCUCGAAGAUGUUUUCCUGCCAGGAGAAAGGAUUAUGUUCGCAGGCGAGACCGUUGACGGCAAGUAUCUCCACGUCUUCCGCGUCAAAUACGAUACGGACUCGGGCUGUGUACGGUUCGAAGCCACUGCUCGUCGCGGGCCUAUGAAGGACAUACCUAUCUGGACGGCGUUCGUCACGCCAUAUGUCGGACGCGGUGACUGGAUGAAGCGCGUCGGUCCAGAAACAAUCCAGUUCGAGAAGCUGCAUCCGUAUGUCUUCAGUGAUAGCUACAGGCUACCCAAAGGCCCUACGGGCAAGUACCGGUUGAGCUUUACUUCACCAGAAGGUAUUUGA